AUGGAGUAUCCAAUCCUUUACAGCGGCGAGAUUUACCCAGGAUAUGGUAUUCCUGGGCCCGACCGCGUUGUGUUUGUUUCAGAAUCGUGCAUCUAUGCUGGGGCUAUGACCCAUGACGGUGCUCCGGCGGAUCACCCCAAUUGGUUUGUAGCCUGCACUUAA